UGCCUGGAGAGAACGGGGCAGCUCGGCAGCUCCCCUCCUCUAUGACAGAGCAGCCCCCUCCUCCUGUGUCACAGGACAGCCUCCCCCUCCCGUAUCACAGGACACACUGAGCACCCCCCUGCCUGCUGGAUGACAGGACGCUCCUACCCGGCUCUCCCCCAUGAAGGGCUAGCCAUCAGCUCGGGAGACUAGCCCAGGCAUUGGAGUGGGCUCGCCCGUCGCCACCUAUGUGAGCCAUGCUGGAUGCGCCCUAGAGCUGGCCGCUGCACCAGGUACAAAUCACUGUCAGAUAGAGGACGAAGAAAAAAAACAUCAAAAAGGCCAGUGGAAUAGACAAGAGGCUGGCCACACAAUAUCUCGCUGCACAGACUAGGAUCACCAUGGUAACCAGAAAACACAAUUAAAAAGGCAGAUGAGGCAGAAGCAGAUGAGUAGGCUGCUCCGUACCUGUGGACACAAGGAAGUGAAAUCAUUAUGCAGAAGAGAAGAGGGUAUAUGACGUAUAUGGUCACUCCAUGGAGGCAGGAAGUGUUUUUUCAUUAAAAUAAGGAAUGUGCCACUUCUACCUCAAGGGAAGGGGAGUGCCAUGACAUCCAGGUUGUGUUGGUCCUUAUUGUUACACACUUGCUAGGGGUGAAUCUCAUUCAAUCUGAGUGUUAUUGUUGGCACAAGGCUGAAAGACAAGGAUAAAGUGGAAGGAUAAAGUGAGAGAAGGGGGAAAGUGGCACAAGGCUGAAAGACAAGGAUAAAGUGGAAGGAUAAAGUGAGAGAAGGGGGAAAUUUCCACCUCUGGCAACCACCUACCAUGGGAUGUCGGCAGAGUGCGGAGGAGAAAGAGGCAGCAAGGCGCUCGCGCAGGAUCGAUAGACACCUGCGCUCGGAAAGUCAGCGCCAACGCCGAGAAAUCAAACUUCUGCUGCUCGGAACGAGUAACUCUGGUAAGAGCACCAUUGUAAAGCAGAUGAAAAUUAUCCAUAGUGGUGGGUUCAAUCUGGAAGCAUGUAAAGAAUAUAAGCCUCUUAUCAUUUAUAAUGCCAUUGACUCCCUCACUCGCAUCAUAAGGGCGCUUGCUACUUUGAAGAUUGAGUUUCACAACCCUGACCGAGCAUAUGAUGCAGUCCAGCUGUUUGCUUUGACUGGCCCAGCAGAAAGUAAGGGAGAAAUUACUUCUGAACUGCUGGGAGUGAUGAAGCGGCUGUGGGCAGAUUCAGGUGUGCAAGAGUGUUUCUCCCGCUCCAAUGAGUAUCAUCUAGAAGACAACGCUGCCUAUUACUUAAAUGAUCUUGAAAGGAUAGCAGCUGUCGAGUACAUCCCCACUGUAGAAGACAUCUUGCGUUCUCGAGACAUGACUACAGGCAUUGUAGAGAACAAGUUUACCUUCAAAGAGCUGACAUUCAAGAUGGUUGAUGUUGGAGGCCAGCGGUCCGAAAGGAAGAAGUGGAUUCACUGCUUUGAGGGUGUGACAGCCAUAAUAUUCUGUGUGGAACUCAGUGGAUAUGACUUGAAGCUUUAUGAAGACAACCAAACAAGCCGCAUGGCUGAAAGUCUUCGCCUGUUUGACUCCAUCUGCAACAACAAUUGGUUUAUCAACACUUCUCUAAUCCUCUUCCUCAACAAGAAGGACCUCUUAGCCGAGAAGAUCCGACGCAUCCCACUCACCGUCUGCUUUCCCGACUACAAGGGACAGAAUACGUAUGAGGAAGCGGCAGUCUACAUCCAGCGUCAGUUUGAGGACUUGAAUCGCAACAAGGAAACCAAGGAGAUUUAUUCACACUUCACCUGCGCUACGGACACCAGCAACAUUCAGUUUGUGUUUGACGCAGUGACAGAUGUUAUUAUCCAGAACAAUCUCAAAUACAUUGGACUGUGCUAAGUGUUUACCCUGGAGCCUGCACAGGAAAUAGGGCACGUCCUUGUCCCUGAGCUCACAUGCCAGGGGGUUACAGUAAACACAAAGCAAGGGGUGAGGCUAGACACAGAAGUUCCCCACGUACAGCACUGAAAGUCCAGAGUGAAUCCCUCACCCACACAAACUUGAUAACUUCAGAUUGAAAGGGUGACAUUAUUUUCCUGGUCUGACACCAGAAAAAACCCAAGUGUUUUAUUUGCUCCCUGUAUCAAGUAUGUGUGGUGUGUGUGUAUGUUGUGUGUGGAUCUACUUGUGUUUGACUGGUGCCUGAUGUGGUAAACCUGUAAAGAGCUCCUUCUGAGAUAGGGUUUAUGACUACCGAAAGGUAUCUAAGGUCUGUCAGGUAAGCAGUUGUCACACUAGUCACUAGUUCUGUCAGGAUGCUUUAUUGCCAGCACCGAACAAACAAUCAUGAAUUAUUCCAGCUAUGCCUGGCACCUACUAUAUGUGCCAAAGCUACACAGGGUUAUAUAUUUUAAUAUAUAUUUAAAAAUUGUUGUACAUUUGCAACUUUUUAGCUGCAAUACAAGAUGUUGUUUUCCCACUGGUCCAAAUAUGGCUGCAGCUGCUUCAGAACAUCUUAGAAAUCAAGGUGCCAAUAGCUUGUCUCAUUUAUGCAACCUUACUAUAAACUGAGAUGGAACUACAUUCCCAAAAGGAUGUAGAAUUGUGAACAUCCUUCUCUGUGGCUUUAACUAUCCUCCUGGGCCAGCUACUCAUACAACCAUCAAAAGGAGAGCAGCAUUGUAGGCCUUUUUUUUAUUAUUUUAUUUUUACAAUACAUUUGUCAUCAUGCCAUUUAUAUAGCCAAUAGUGAUCCACAAAUGCUGCCUGCAAGAAUCUAAACCACUUCUGAAACUGCUGGUAGUACAAUGUAUUUGAAAAGGCCCUUCCACUUUAUUCACAUUUUGUUAUGUUGCAUCCUUGUGCUAUAAUUAAAAAAAAGAUUUUCCCUAUUAUUUUGCACUCAAUACCCCAUAAUGAGAAUGUGAAAAUUAGAAAUCUUUGCUUUUUUAUUGAAAAGGAAUAGAAAAUUCCUAAACUAAAUAUUGCAUUGAAAUAACAGACCCUUUAGACUAUGUUUACACAUUCUGGAGACUGUGGGCCACACGGGAAUGCGGCAUCUCAUAGAUGGCUAAGCAUUCCGUGUGGAGUCCGCAGAAAGAAUGGACAAGUUCAUUCUGCGGACACGGAAAUUGGAAUUUCCUUGGCAGAAACAUUUGGCAUGGAAAUUCCGCCGUGUGCCUAGCGCAGCAGAAUCCUAUUGAAUACAAUGGGGUUCUGCUGCUCCGGAAUCUCCGGCAGACUUCCAAUGCGGAAUUCCACACAGAAAUUCUGGAUGUGUUAACAGUACUUAAUUAAAGCACCUUUAGCAGCAAUUACAGCCUCCAGUCUACUUAGGUAUUGGCUUAAAGGUUUGCACACCUGGAUUUAGGGAUUUUCUGCCAUUCUUCUCUGCAGAUCUUCUCAAGCUCUGUCAGGUUGGAUGGAACAGGAAGUUUCUCCCAUCUAAACACAGAAUCUUUGGAGUUCAGAGAAUGGGUUCUUGGUCAUCUCUCUUACCAAGGCCAUUCUUUGGUAGUGUUUGGUAGGGUGCUUAGCUCCAAACCUCUUCCAUUUCAAGGGGUACUACCGUGCGGACAACUUAUCCCCUAUCUAAAGGAUAGGGAAUAAGUUGCCUGAUCAUGCGGGGUCCUACCGCUGUGGACCUCCGCGAUCUCGCACGCAGCACCCCACUCUCAUCAGUCCCCGGAGCGAACAUCCGCUCCGAGUCUUAUGACGGAGCCGGUGAUCGUGACGUCACAGCUCCGCCCCUCAAUGCAAGUCUAUGG